UCGAAAUAUAAUCAUUAUAUUUCUAUGGUGUAUAGACAGUUGCGUUUCCGCGCUCCUCACAUGAACGCGCAAACUCUCUCCCGUGUAUCGAUGAAGCUGGUUGAAACAUGGCGGACUUCCUGCCGACCCGAUCCGUGCUAAACCACUUCUUCCCCGCUUGCCUGCUUACCAGCAACGAAGUGGAACAGCUGAGGAAAUCUAAGGAGAUUGACAAAAGUAUUUCCCGGGACAAAACCUACGUGAAACGGCUAGUAAAGAUACUUCUACUGGGCGCGGGCGAGAGCGGCAAGUCCACUUUCCUCAAACAGAUGAGGAUAAUCCACGGGCAAGACUUCGACCAGCAAGCUCGAGAAGAGUUCCGGGCAACAAUUUACAGCAAUGUUAUCAAAGGUGUUCGUGUGUUGGUGGAUGCACGGGAGAAGCUUCAUAUCCCCUGGGGUUCCUCUGACAACCAGGUGCACGGAGACAAUGUGAUGUCAUUCGACACACGGUCUUCAAUGAUGGUGCACGGCCAGGUGGAGACGAGCGUGUUCCUCAAGUACCUGCCCUCCAUCCAGGCCCUGUGGGCCGACAGCGCCAUACAACACGCCUAUGACAGACGCAGGGAGUUCCAGCUGGGUGAGUCGGUGAAGUAUUUCUUGGACAAUGUGGAGAAGCUGGGGGAGCCGAGCUACAUCCCUUCCCAGCAGGACGUCCUGCUAGCCCGUAAGCCCACUAAGGGUAUUCAUGAGUAUGACUUUGAGAUCAAGAGUGUUCCCUUCAAGAUGGUUGACGUGGGAGGACAGCGCUCGGAAAGACGGCGGUGGUUCGAGUGUUUUGACUCAGUCACCUCCAUACUGUUCCUAGUGUCUUCUUCAGAGUAUGACCAGGUCUUGAUGGAGGACAGAUUGACCAACCGUCUGAGAGAGUCGUUGAACAUCUUUGAGACGAUCGUCAACAACCGAGUCUUCCUCUCAGUCUCCAUCAUCCUCUUCCUCAACAAGACUGACCUGCUGGAGGAGAAGGUCUCGAAUGUUUCGCUAAGUAAAUACUUCCCAGAGUACACCGGGCCGGACCACAGCCUGCCGGACGUCCAGAAGUUCCUAGUGGACUGUUUCCGAGGAAAGAGAAGAGACUCGACACAGAAGCCCCUUUACCACCACUUCACCACAGCCAUCAGCACGGAGAAUAUCCGCCUGGUGUUCCGAGAUGUCAAGGAUACCAUCCUCCACGACAACCUCAAACAGCUGAUGCUCCAGUGAACUAUGACCUCUAGAGAGGACCUGAGCAAAACCAGCCUCCAAGAGGACCCAAGAGAGGACUUAUUCUCUCGCCUAAAAGAGGACCUGAUUGAGGACCUCUCUCACCUUUAAGAGGACCUGCAAUAAACCAGCCUUUAAGAGGACCUGAUUGAGGACACCCGUGCCUUGGGAGGACCUUGACGUUCCACUUUUGUUGUUUAGAUGGUUUUAUUUGGUUUUUACUGCCCUGUGGUGAGUGGGUGGUCUAUAGACUGCUCUGAGGUCAGUUUGGCAAGGGACAUGAUUGAAUGCUGGAUAAUAAGCACUGUCCCUGGGUCAGUUUAUCUACCCUGAUGCCUACCGUGUUGUCAUAGCCCCUCUCCUGUCCACUGAUCUGAGACCUGUGUGACUGACUGAUGGAGAAACCAUAACACCUUCAUAAAACGUCUUAAUAACCCUUAAUCACUGUGUGUGUGCGCGCAUGUGUUAAUCUGCACUGAGUUAUCUGUCUACCUGUCUAGCCUUAGGUAUUUGCGUUAGCUAUCAUUUAAUCAAUCAUGUCAUUGAUCACAUACAUUCCAAUGUGUGUGUAUACAGUUAAAAUAACACCACACACACUUGCAGUCGGCAUGUGUGCCGGUUAGCUAAUAUUGUUAUCUCAGGGUUGUAUGGAGACCACUGUAUAAAUGUCAUUAUUGUGUCUGUAGUCUAUUGUCUAGUCCCCUCAAAUUCAAAUCUGGACCUCCACUGAUUUUUUUUAAUGUUUCCCCUCUAAUCAGUCUGAUUUAGACCUGGGACACCAGGUAGGUGAAAUUAAUUAUCAGGUUGAACAGAACCAGCAGUACUCCAUACUUUGUAGGGUAAUAUUUGAAUACCCAUUGUCUAUAUUGUAUACUCCAGGUUAAAGCUUUCGAUUCUUAGUUAAAUGUCUUCUGUGAGAACCUGUUCUGGGACGUAUUCACUAGGCACGAAUUGGAAGAAACAGGCUGAAAUGGGGAGGUACUAUCUGAACUUGUCCAAUAAGAAACACUUGUUUUCUUUUUUCAUUGCACAAUGUUUUGAAACGUUUUGCUACAGUGUGCCCUAAUGAAUAUGACCCAGAAGAGCAGAGGGGCGUGUCUCAGACCCUGGGCUGCAUUCAUUUGGGGGGCAAACAUUACAGAACCUUCAGGUAGAUACAUGCAUGUUAAUUUCUAUCUGAAAAUUUCUAUAAUGUUUUGCCCACACGGAACGUGGUCCAGGUUACCACGACAAGUUAAAGGUACCGCUCCCUCCCUCUCCUCCCCUCCCAUUGGUGGCCUUGUAAAGGGACGUGCAUUGCGUUGGUCAGAGAGGCUGGCUAUCUAAUGUUUGAUGUUUAUAGUUGUACAGACUGACUCCAAUUUAAUUCUAGUUUAAAUGAUGACAGAUUUUUCUUUCCUGUCUAACUGUAACCUGUGUUGUUGAUGACCAUAGUGUGUGUAUGUGUAUACUGUCCUAACGUGUAUAGGUAUGCUGACACUGUAAGAUCUGCCACCUUAUAGUGCUGAAUGACAGCUAGAGACUGACUCCAGAUCAGCAUUUGAACGUUUCGCUCCUGUUAAAUCACACUGUGCCUUCACUGUAAGUGUAUAAGGAUCAAUUGUCAUAGUUUCCCUCUUGCUACGGAGAUGGCGUUUCUUUCCACUGUGCCUCUCUCUGGCUCUGGCCUUGUACAUACUGACACCUGAUACCUUAAUUGUAAUCUACAAUUAUUGGGUUACUUUCAUGUGUAAAUGGUUGUUAAAAAAAAGGGCAGAUGAUUAUUCGCUGAUCGCUGUGUCACACUUUGCCUUGUCAUUGAACAGACUAUGGACGUGUUGUUUCUUUUUCUAACAAUCAGCGUUCUUCGUUGUUUAAUGCCACUGUAACCGUUACAAUAAAGCACAUUUCUUUAA